AUGUUAAUGGGCCAAGAAUGUACUCAUAUAGAUAAUAAUAUGCAAGAAGAAGAAUUUUCUAUUCCAUUAUGGGAAUAUAAUCAACAAAGUCAACGAUGGUCACAAAAACAACCUGGUCAAUAUAAUUCGACACUCCAUUGGGAUAAGUUUCGUGUUGUUACAUAUAAUAUAUGGUUUUCGGAAGACUAUCAACCGAUACGGUUUAGAAGUCUUUGUGAUAUAUUAAACAAAUCUCAAGCUCAAAUAAUUGGUUUACAAGAAAUGACAGCAAAUAUUCUUCAACAACUUUUAUCACAAGACUUUGUUCAAGAACGUUAUUAUUUAUCGGAUGUUGAUGGUCGUACAUUCAAAGAAUGGUAUGGGGUUUUAUUAUUAAUUGAUAUUCGUCUUCAUAUAUCCAAAUUAAGUUUAAUUCAUUUUUCUCAAUCAACAAUGGGUCGUCGUUUAAUACUUGCGGAAAUAAAAUUAGAUGAAAAUGAAAUACUUCGUAUUGGUACUGUUCAUUUAGAAUCUUUAGAUAAUAAACAGCAACGCUUACAUCAAUUAGAUAUAUGCAGAAAAGUAUUUAAUCGUUCUCCAACUAGUUGCAUUUUAAUGGGAGAUUUUAAUUUUCAUGCACGUGGUCAAGAAAAUAUUGAUCAAUUUAAUAGAUUACCGCAAUGGAUUGAUGUAUGGCCUUGCUUAAUGGGUUCUGAUAAUCAUGGAUAUACAUAUGAUACAGAAACGAAUUCAAUGACUAAAUUUCAUAAUGGAUCAUCAGAUAGAUCAAGAUUAGAUAGAAUUAUUUUAUUAAGUCAAACAAUUAUUCCGACACAUAUUCAAAUAAUUGGAAAUCAACCUAUCGCAUAUCAAGGAAAUUCAAAUUUAUUUCCAUCAGAUCAUUUUGGUUUGACAGCAGUUUUUCAAAAGAACAAAUAA